AUGAGCCCCAGCAGUGGCCCCCAGCCCCGUAAUAGGAGGGCCACCGCCACCUCAGCCCUGGGGGAAAAGAUCAGGGAGAUGCAGGGUUUCUUCAGUCUGAAGCAGACUGGCAGACUGGACCUCCAGACACUCUCUGUGAUGAGGAAGCACAGGUGUGGAGUGCCUGACAUGGAAAACUACAGCUUUUACCCUGACCAGAUCAAGUGGAAGAAUUCCACCAUCACAUACAGGAUUGAUCAGUACACCCCUGACCUUACACAGGAGGAGGUGGAUACUUCCUUCCGUUUGGCCUUGAAGAUCUGGAGUGACGCGGCCCCACUGAAGUUCAUCAAGGUCAACCACGACAAGGCAGACAUCAUCCUCUCCUUCGCAAAAAAAAGUCACGGAGACUUCUUUCCCUUUGACGGCCCCAAGGGUGUUCUGGCCCACGCCUUCGCACCAGGGGAGGACAUGGGGGGAGAUGUGCACUUUGACGAGGACGAAAUCUGGACGAUGGGGAAUUCCAAGCUAGGUUAUAACCUGUUCACUGUUGCGGCUCAUGAGUUAGGCCACUCCCUGGGCCUCUCCCAUUCCAAAGACCCCUCAUCUCUCAUGUACCCCAACUACAAUUAUUACAUUGGAGCACAGUACAUACUUCCACAAGAUGACGCACUGGGAAUCCAGGCGCUGUAUGGCAAGCCAGUCAGAAAACAGGAUCCACCAAACCUUCCUAAGAAGUGUGAUCCCAACUUCUCUGUUGAUGCAGUGGCAGUGUUCGGGAAGGAAAUUGUGUUCUUUAAAAACAGGUACAUGUGGUUGAGGACAACAUGGAUGACAUACUGGAACCUUCUGAGAGAGGGCCCCAGCAGCACAUACCUCCCCAGCAUCAACUCUCCUGUGGACGCAGCCUAUGACAUCCCUGCCAAAGGUGUGGCAUAUGUCUUCACUGGUCCUAAGUACUGGGUAGUUCGACAGCUUAAGAAGAAAAGCCACUUUGGCUCCAUAUAUGACUAUGGAUUCCCAGCCAGAGUAAGGAACAUUGACGCUGCUGUUCACAUCAGUGAAUAUGGAAAAACCUUCUUCUUCAUAGGACAUGAUUACUAUAGAUACGAUGAACACAGACGUAGGAUGGAUCCAGGAUUUCCAAGAAACAUCCAAACAGACUGGCCAGGUAUUGGGAGGAGUGUUGAUGCUGCACUUGAGUUACAAGGUACAAUCUAUCUCUUCAGUGGAACAAAGGCAUACAACUAUGACUACAGACAGAACCGGGUGCUGAAUCGAAUCCUAGCCAAUGCAUGGCUGGACUGCUAACAUAUCUGUCAAAGACACUAGAUGUGACCCCACCUACAGACACUCUUAUACAGAGCAACUUACAUAAGCAAUUAGAUUUAAGUACAUUGCUCAAGGGCACAUUGACAGAUCUGUUUCACCAAUUUGGGUCGGGGCUAUGAACCAGCGACCUUUUGGUAUCUGGCCUAACGCUCUAACCGCUAGGCUACCUGUCUCUGUUACAAAGCUUGUUACCGACCUAGCCCAACUUUGAAAGAACAUCUGACAAGAGUGUACCUGCUCAAUCAAUUGAACAUAUCCUGAAGUAUACCUUAGGGAUAUGAGUUUGACAGAUUUUAUACGUAGCAAUCGGUUUAUUGUUCCGGCACAAACACGUCUUUGGUAGCUUUGAUGCAAAUAUCAAGAAUUGCUGUUCAAAGUAGUUUAUUUAUUUGAUAUUGUCACGCCUUGGUCAUAGUGUUUUGUAUUUUGUUAUAUAUUUGGUCAGGCCAGGGUGUGACAUGGGUUUAUAUGUUGUGUUUCGUAUUGGGGUUUUGUAGGCA